AUGGGAAGGAAGCGGUCGUCUUCGAGCGAGUCAGAGAGCGACUCUGAUAGUGACGAAGAGUCUUCUUCCUCCAGCAAAAGUCGAAGGAAGUCGGGGACCAAGAAGGUCACCAAGGCGACUGCCAAAGACAAGAAGAAGGGCAAAAAGGCCGUCGAGGCCAAAAAAAAGAACAGUAAAGCAAAGAGAAAAAAGGCUAAAGAAUCAAGUAGUGAUGACGACGAUGAUGAAGAGGAGGACGAAGAAGAGGAUGAUGAGGAAGAGGAGGAAGAGCGGACAAAAGGCAAAAAGAACAAGGAACGGGGCAAGAGCCGAGAUCGGAAGCGACGUGAGAGAAGUCGAAGUAGAUCUCGACGGCGUCGAGGUGACGGGCCUCCGAUGCCAGGUUCCUUUCCUGGAAUGCCAUAUGGUAUGCCCGGAUAUCCAGUCGCUUAUGGAGCGGGCCCCUGGGGUCCAUAUCCAUCGCCCUAUCAACUUGCCCGUGGCCCUCCUGGUGACUACAGCCAAACUAGUCGUGCCAUGAACAAUGAUCGGGGCGAUCGACGGGACACGCGCAGAGGAGGAGGACGAGAUUGGCGAGGUAUGGACUUUGGAGCUUUCAAUGGUCGCGAUGCCGAACGACCCAAAUGGGCGCCUGGACAUGGCAGAAAUCCUGACCUUGAGGCUGAAAAAUUGACGGGCGUCCCGCUGGCCAGAAACUACAGCGAGCACGAUGACAGGCGUGGCGAGGCUGCACCUGCAAUGAGGCGAGGCAGCUCUCCUGGUGGCAAGUGGAAGAACGAUAUGUUCGACCAGCUGGUGAAAGGCGGAAAACCUGAAGGUGACGAUGAUGAUGCUUAG